CCCGCUCAUCAAACCUGGUUACCAAGCACACGCCCACCGACGCAAAUACAACAAGGAUAUAUAUGUCGGCUUCAUGUGGAUUGAAUUCCAACGUCUCAUUGACGAGUAAGAUUUUCAGCAGCUCAUCAGCCAAAUGGAGUCUAUCCCCGUCUUGAUAGUUGGUGCAGGGCCUGCCGGUCUUGCUAUGGCUCUGGCAUUGGCUCAGAAUGGCGUGCGGCCACGCAUUAUCGACAAAGCAAGUGUGUAUCAUACUGGAUCCCGCGGAUUCGGUCUGCAGCCUCGCACAUUUGAGAUUUUCGAAAUGCUCGGUAUCCUCUCGGAUGUCUCCGAUCUUGCUGUUGAUAUACCUACCAUGAGAGCAUACAAGCUGCCGGAAGGCAUAGAGCCCACGAAAACGUGGAACCUCUACGAGGACAUGCCGGACUUUCCGGAUCGCCCUUAUGGCAAUGGGAAAUGCCUUAGUCAGUCAACGUUAGAAGAUAUAAUGCGCGCACACCUCAGUCGGUACGACUGCAAGGUCGAGCUAGGGAAAGAACUCGUGGCCAUCGAUCAAGAUGGUAGCGCAGUAAAUGCUACUCUGCUCAUCCAUCAUAUCGGUGGACCGUCAUCGCAGGAAAUUGUCCACGCUGAGUUCGUGAUUGGUGCUGAUGGUGCAAGAGGUGUCAGUAGGAAGUUGCUUGGAUUGACGUUCCAAGGCGAGACGCGCGAUGCAGAUGGCAUGGUGUGGGCCGACGUCGAAAUAGACGGACUGUCUAGUGAUUACUGGCAUAUCUGGGGCCAUCCAGGCCACUUCACGAUUCAAGCUCGACCAUGGAAUUCUACGACUAAGAUGUUCAACAUUGGCAUCACCGGACAGAACUUCGACCCGUCCGAGCUUUCCGAGCCGGACAAAGUGCGGCAACUCUUCCGGGAGAAGACAGGGAGAACGGAUUUGGUCCUUGGAGAGUUCCAUUGGCUAUCGUACUUCAGACCUAACAUGCGGAUUGGCAACAAAUUUGGAGAGGGGAGGGUCUUCCUUGUAGGAGAUGCAGCGCAUGUUCAUUCGCCAACCGGAGGACAAGGGCUCAACUGUAGUAUCCAGGACUCUAUAAACCUGGCUUGGAAGAUGGCUCUCGUACACAAGGGAUUAUCGUCCAUGUCCCUCCUUUCGUCGUACAAUGAGGAGCGUCUUCCCGUAAUCACGCAAAUGCUUCAUGCCACGACUGCGCUGUAUACUCACGCCGUCGCAAAGAAGAGCACGGCAGACGAGGCCGCGGAAGACGACAAGAAGUCUGGUUGGUUCCGGUGGCGAAACAAUGCACUCCUCCUUUAUGGUGUCAAUUAUCGCUGGAGCAGCAUCGUUUUGGAUGAGAGAGACACAAGCAGCCCGAACGAAGAAGACAUGAAGGCUCGUGGAUACGAGGGAUACGCGAGCAGCCUCAGGGCUGGGGACCGUGCUCCGGAGGCGCCAGGGCUGGUCUCCGAGACGGGAAAGGAGAUUUCGCUCUUCAACCUCUUCAAGCCAAAUGUGCAUACCGUGCUGGUCUUCGUCCCACACAGUAAGGGAGCUUCCACAGACAGGCCUGAGAUCAAUGCUAUCAUCGAGGCAACCAAGGCUCACGACUUCCAGACGGUACUACUUUCUCAGGAUAGGAACCCGAGGUCGGCAGCCGGAAUACGUGUUGUCUAUGAUCGUGACGGCUACGCCUUCAAGCACUACUUCAUCGGAGAUGAGUUCAUGUGCGUUGUCGUCCGCCAGGAUUGGAUGGUCGGUGCAUUCGUCCGAGAUGCGAGUGGUCUCGAACGGUAUCUUGCCAAGGUUUUCCGCAAUUGACUUGUGAAGCAUGUUGCAGGGUCGCAGGAUUUGCAAUGAUUGGAUCGGA